AUGGCACGUUCACCGCUAUUGAACCUGUUUCUGCUGGCGGUCUUAUGUCUUCCGUACACCGUACGCGGGGACGAGAAGCCUUGCACUUACCACGACGGAGGCAGGUACUAUGACCUCAGUCGGCUCUCAUCAAGUAAGGACUACGUGUAUAAAGCUCCAGAUGGCUCUGAAUACUACAUGAACGUCUGUCGGAGCGUUACUACCGAGACCUGGGCUAUCGAGGAUGAACAGAACGUUGCGGUCUUCAGGAGAACCAAGGAAGAGCGAGGCGAUCUUUCGCUAGGAUCAGUGAACACUACCCUAGCCGUUCACGACGGCCAUCCACUUUUAUACUUGACUAACGGAUCGCCAUGCCCAAGUAUACCCCAAUUACGUGCCGCCUCUGUUAUAAGAUUCAUAUGUGAUACAUUCGUCUUUGAAGCUGGACAGCCGCAACUUAUCGCUGAACUUCCUGGCUGUUCAUUCUUUUUCGAAUGGCGCAGUCAUUAUGCCUGCCAAACGAACGAGCCCAACGGCUCCGGCGGCGUCGUAGUAAUCCUCGGGACGAUAGCGUUGAUUCUUAUGAUGGGAUACCUCGUGGCCGGGACGUUGUAUCGCCGCUUCGUUCUCAAUCUCCGCGGUUUCGAUCAGGUCCCCCGCAUAUCGUUCUUUUCCCUCACGGAUACUUUGGAACUCUGCAGCAAGGUUACGGACCUAGUCCUGCCUCGACCAGCACCCUACUCCGGUCCGAACUCUUUCAACCACCAGCACAGCGCGUGGAACGCCGGACCGAGGAACGGAGGUAGACCUUCGGCGGGAUACGAACGGCUGGCAGCCUCUGAUGAAGAGCGGCAAGGGAUGCUACACGGAGAUGAAGAUGAUGACACUCAAACUGAUGCAGAUGUGAGGGCGGACCAUGCGCCGAAGCAACCGACAGAGCGUGCGUAGGACAUGAAACGUGUAUCCCGUUAAGCUUAUUGUCUAGCUUUGUGUUCCGUGAUAAUGAACGUGUGCUGUGGAGGAAGAUUUCGUGCUUCAUACAUCAAUACUCGGGCAUCG